AUGGGUAUUCAAAGUUUAACUAAAGUAAUUGGUGAUCACUGUCCAAACGCCAUCAAAUCAAAUGAGAUCAAAAAUUAUUUUGGACGUAAAGUAGCAAUCGACGCUUCUAUGUCUAUAUAUCAAUUUUUGAUCGCUGUAAGACAAGACGGGCAACUGUUAACAAGCGAUUCAGGGGAGACGACGAGUCAUUUAAUGGGCAUAUUUUAUCGAACCAUUCGCAUGGUAGAAAGUGGCAUAAAACCAUGUUAUGUCUUUGACGGUAAACCGCCUACUCUAAAAUCCGGUGAACUUGCUAAACGUUUGGAGCGAAAAAAAGAAGCGAAUAAAAAACUUGAAGAGGCACAAGAAGCUGGUGAUAUGUCUAAUGUUGAUAAAUACAGUCGACAAACUGUUAAAGUUACUAAAGAACAUAACGAUGAAUGUAAAAAGCUUCUAAAUCUAAUGGGUAUUCCUUAUGUGGAGGCUCCAUGUGAAGCUGAGGCUCAAUGUGCGGCUUUAGCUAAAGCCGGAAAGGUAUAUGCCGCUGCAUCAGAAGAUAUGGAUACUCUGACCUUUUCUACACCAGUCUUAUUGCGACACAUGACCUAUAGUGAGGCAAAAAAAGUGCCGAUUAAUGAAAUACAUCUCAACAAAAUUUUAGAGGGACUUCAGUUUAGCAUGGAUCAGUUUAUAGAUCUUUGUAUUCUUUUGGGUUGUGAUUAUUGUGAAUCUAUCAAAGGCGUUGGGCCACAACGUGCAGUAGAGCUUAUUAGAAAGUAUAAAACCUUAGAAGGAAUUAUUAACAACAUCGAUACCAAAAAGUAUCCAAUACCAGAAGACUGGCAGUACGACGAAGCACGUGAACUGUUUCGCAACCCGGAAAUUUUAGAUCCUAAUGAUAUUGAGAUAAAAUGGAAAGAUCCGGAUGUUAAUGGCAUUGUUGAAUUUUUAGUUCGAGAAAAAGGUUUCAGUGAGGAUCGUGUGCGGAAAGGCGUGGAAAAACUAUCAAAAAAUUUAAAGGCUGCGACCCAAGGGAGAUUGGAUAGUUUUUUUACGCAAGUUCCAUCUAACGCAAAUAUCCCUGCGAAGCGUAAGUUUGAAGAUAAAAAAGAUACGACGGCCAAAAAACAAAACCAAAUGGUAACC